AUGAGGCGACACCACGCGGCCGACCUGCCGCCGUCGGUGGGCGGCGACAUACUGAAGGCGACUAAUGACAAGUUGGGGAAGUUCGACAAGGGCGGUGGCCGCUGCUCCCGCGUCUGCUCCCUCCUCAUCCUCGCCGCCACCGUCUCGAUGCUAGCGCGCCACUGCUACGACUUCGGCGUCGCCGGCAGUAGCGCUACCGGCACCGUCGCGCGCGUCGAGCACGGCCUUUCGUCCUCGCGGCACCGCACCCGCAAGAUAAACCCGAUCGCCCGCGGCAAAUCGCCGUUCUCCGAUCCUUUCAUCUCGCCGCCGCGUGACGCCGGCCACACGAACAGUGGCAAGGCAUUGCCCGAUCCUUUGGCCGCGUCGGUGCAGGUCGAUACUGGCUCGUCCGUCAUAGGACCUAACGGUGGAGGCGAGCAGCGCGGAGAGCACGCCUUCGCCCGCGCGCUCGCGGCGGCAAACGACAGAGGAGACCUGUGCGGCGACCGGUACAUCUACGUGCAGGAGCUGCCUCCCCGCUUCAACACCGACUUGCUCCGGGACUGCGGGACGCUCUCCCCGUGGGCGGACAAGUGCAAGCACACGGCCAACGGCGGCUUCGGCCCGCAGCUCAGUGGCAGCCAGGGCGGUGUGCUCCAGGAAACCGGAUGGUACGACUCCGACGAGCACAUGCUCGACGUCAUCUUCCACGACCGGAUCAAGCGGUACGAGUGCCUCACCAACGACUCCUCCCUCGCGGCCGCCAUCUUCGUCCCGUUUUACGCCGGCCUCGACGUGGCACGACACCUCUGGGGGCACAACGCCUCGUCGCUGGACGCGUUGGCGCUCGACAUGGUGCGCCUGGUGACCGCGCGCCCCGAAUGGCGCGCCAUGGGCGGCCGCGACCACUUCUUCGUCGCCGGCCGCACCACGUGGGACUUCCGGCGGCUGGGCAAUGGCUCCAUCGGGUGGGGGAGCAGCCUCCUCCGUCUGCCGGCCGUCCGGAACAUGACGGCACUAGUCUUGGAGGCCAGCCCGUGGAACCUGAACGACGCCGCCAUCCCGUACCCGACAUCCUUCCACCCGGCGACCGACGAGGGCAUCUUCUUCUGGCAGGACCGGGUGCGCGGUCUGAAACGCCAGUGGCUCUUCUCCUUCGCAGGCGCGGCGCGCCCCGAGGACGCCAGGUCCAUUGCAAGCCACCUCGUGGAGCAGUGCGCGGCGUCCGCUGCCUGCUCGUUGAUGGAGUGCAGGAAGGGGCCGGGCAACAGGUGCGACUCCCCGGCGGGAGUCAUGAAGCUCUUCCAGAGCUCGACGUUCUGCCUACAGCCGCAAGGCGACACGUACACGCGCAGAUCGGUGUUCGAGGCCCUGCUCGCCGGCUGCAUCCCGGUCUUCUUCCACCCCGGCACCGCGUUCGUGCAGUACACCUGGCACCUGCCCAAGAACCACGCCGAAUACUCUGUCUACAUUUCGGAUGAAGACGUCCGCCGCAACGUGAGCGUGGAGGAGAGGCUGAGGAGGAUACGGCCGGACGACGUCGAGAGGAUGAGGGGAGCGGUCGUGGGCCUCAUCCCGGCGAUGAUCUACAGCGACACGUCGUCGAAGCUUGAGUCGACUGUGAAUGACGCGUUCGACGUGGCCGUGGAAGCCGUCACUAGGAAGGUGACGAAGAUCAGGAAACGCAUCGUGGAGGGCCUUCCGGAGGAUGAGAAGUUAGAGAUGUAUAGUUGGAAGUAUCCAUUGUUGGGAGAAGGGCAGAAGGUUGAAGACUCCCAUGAAUGGGACCCAUUGUUUGCCUCCAAUUAG